AUGGCGAAGGUGCAGGAGCGUCUCGCCGUGCUCAGCAUGAACAUCUUCUGUCGCCCCGAGGGCAUCCACAGCGGCCAGUGGUUCCAGUCUGGCGACUACAAAGACCUGCGAGUGGCGCUGCUGCUCCGGAAGAUCGCCAAGUUCGACGUGGUGAUCCUCCAGGAGAUGUUCGAGGCCGGACCAAGGCAGAAGCGGUUCGUGCGAGAGGCCUACGCCAUGGGCUUCCGGUACCAUUGCGGCUCCGUGUGGCCGCGACUGCUGGACUCCCGCCUCAUCGACGGCGGCCUGCUGAUCCUCAGCCGCUUCCCGAUCGUCGAACGCGACCAACUCGCGUACUCGCAGGGCUCCGGCAGCGACGGAAUCUGCGCUAAGGGUGUGCUCUACGCCCGCAUCCAGCUAUCGCCGGACCUGUCGGACUCGCUGCAUGUGUUCACCACGCACACCCAAGCGGGUGACAACCGCAAGGAGUACACCAUCCGUCUCGCGCAGCUCCAGGAGAUGCACCGCUUCAUCGUCAGAACGAUCCGAGACGACCCGGGCGUCCCCGUCCUCAUCACGGGCGACUUCAACCUGGAUGCACGACACAACCUCGUCCAUGACGCGCAGUUUGGCAUGGCGAUAUCGACGCGGUGUAAAGAGAGUAACGUGUACCAGCAACUUGUGGCGGACUUCGAGCGUGUGGUGCGCGAGGCGAGAUUGAACGUCGCACGUGAAGCAGGGAAGACCGUUGAUGCCGACCACACGGGAGAACCCUUGCUUAUCGACCUCAUGAAGCGUUGUGACGCCACUAAACUGGGCGAUGAGCUCCACCCGAUCACCAACGGCGAUGGCCACUCCUCGCUUGUGCACAAGACGGACCCGCUUUCGCCCGAGAAGGACGGCAAGUGCAUCGACUACAUGUUCUUCUUCCCGGGCGUCAACGACCAGGCACCUGCCGCAGCAGUCUCACCUCCUAGCACAAGUACUAGUACCGACAUCUCGCCACGCUUCCGCCUCACUAUCGUGGAUAAGGAGACGACGGUGGAUCAUUGCAAGGUGGACGGGCUCACUGAGGACAGCGAGGCCGAAGACUUCAGCGACGAGAGCGACCAUGUCCAGCGCCGCCUUCGUCGCCGCCAGCCUCAGUUGCCGAUCACACACUUGUCUGAUCACUACGGAUUGCGAGCUCAGUUUCUGCUGGAGACCACGAGCGUAGAGCGUCCGGAUGGCAGUCCGGUAGGAAGACACGAGUCUCUGGCGUCGGUGCUGCAGCUUUACUUCCCGCAGCACGCCUUCGCGCAGCAGCCUCGAAGGCUUUGGAAGUGGAAACUUGCGUUCGCGCUGCUCACGAUUGUUACUGCUGCUGGCGGCGUCACGCUCGUCCUGGUCCGCACACUACUGAGCGUUGUGUUGAAGUAAGCGUUAAUAUAGUCAUAGAGCGAAGAUACGUAGCUAAUGCCAUUGCACC